GUUUUACGAGAAUCACAUACAUUAAAUGCUAAAGUUGAAAGUUUGAAACUAGAAAACGUACGUCUCUCGGCCAAAAGGAUCAUAAUUAUGCAACAGUGUGAAGAGGCUACAACUUGUCUGGACCGAACAAAAGAAAACCGAGAUUUGAUUUUUCAACAGAUUAAAGAUGAACUAACUAAAUCGGAAAUUAUGUUGCGCCAAUAUGAAGAUCACCUCUUUGAGAUUGCAGAGAGAUACAGAAAGACCCCGGUAUUCGGUAAUGAAGAAGCCAUAAAAAUUGAAACGUCGAAGAUGAAAGGAACUAUAUCUGAACUUGAGAAUGAGGAAGCUAAGCACCAGAACAUGGUCCAAGUCUUGCACCGUGAGUUGGACAGCUUUGGGACUUCUAUACCUGAAGAUAUUUUGGAUAUUGCCGGCAAACGUGAUUUGGAGGAGAAAAUUAACGCACUUAAAGCCGAAGUCGAAGCCCUGACACAGAAGAAAGAUAAUGUUUUACCUUGCCACGGCAACAUGGCUCUAUUACUAGAAACAAAGGCCAAUCAAUAA